UUACCAACCCACUCCCCUACCCUUCUUCUUCCCUCCCACACCAAUGGUUCCUUCACCAACCCCAAUUGGGCAUCCGCCUCACCUCGCGACCUUGUACGCGUCAAAGAAAUCUCCAGCUCCCGAUUCGCCAUGGCUCAAGAGCAAUCCAAUCCCAACGAGGUCGUGCUCGGGCAGGAGAUCAACGGCGCGAGGGUGGUCACCCUCAACCGCCCGCGCCAGCUCAACGGCAUCAACGACAGAGUGGUCUAUCUCCUAGCCCAGCUCUUGGAGAAAUGGGAGAAAGAUGCCAAUGCCAAGCUGGUCAUCUUCAAGGGAGCAGGACGCGCAUUUUCUGCUGGCGGGGACCUAAAGAUGUUCUACGAAGGGAGAUCAUCAGAUGAUUCCUGCCUCGAGGUUGUGUAUAGGAUGUACUGGCUCUGCUAUCACAUCCAUACAUAUAAGAAAACCACGGUGGCCCUUGUUAAUGGACUUGUCAUGGGUGGAGGUGCAGCCAUGGUUGCUCCACUGAAAUUUGCAGUUGUCACAGAGAAAACAGUUUUUGCCACCCCCGAGGCAAGUGUUGGACUACACACAGAUUGUAGCUUUUCUUAUAUCCAUUCUCGGCUCCCUGGAUAUUUAGGGGAGUAUCUGGCUUUGACUGGUGCUAGACUGAAUGCAAAAGAAAUGAUCACUGCCGGUCUUGCUACUCAUUUUGUCCAUUCUGAAAAAUUGGAAGAUCUCGAAAAACAAUUACUGAAUUUAAACACAGGCGACGAGUCUGCAGUCCGAGCUGUCAUUGAGGAAUUCUCUACGGAUGUUCAACUUGAUCAAGAGAGUAUUUUAAACAAGCUUCCAACUAUCGAUAAAUGUUUCUCAGCCGAGACUGUUGAGGAGAUCUUGAAAGCACUUGAUUCAGAAGUGAGCGUCGAUGGAAAUCAAUGGAUAGCUCCAGUCCUGAAGAGCAUGAGAAGAUCAUCUCCUACUGGAUUGAAGAUCACACUGCGAUCGGUUAGAGAAGGUCGGAAGCAGAGUCUGCAGGAAUGUUUGAAGAAGGAAUUCGGACUAACAAUGAACAUCCUCCGAUCUAUCAUUACUGGCGAUGUGUACGAGGGUAUUAGAGCUCAGAGCAUCGACAAAGACAAUGCACCUAAGUGGAGUCCUGCAACCGUUGAAGAGGUGAAGAAUGAAGACAUUGACCGUGUUUUCGAACCAUUCAGCUCGGGACAUGAGCUCCAAGUCCCAUCUGAUGAUUCCAACAGGUGGAGCGGCAAAUACGAGCACACGGUCUAUGCUAAAUCUUCACAGUAAUCACCACAUAGCCCAGGCUCUGGAGCAGCAGCCCUUUGUAGGUUGCUGUAUGACAUGCAUGUUGUGUGUAACAUUAUGCCAACUGUUGAGAACUACUGUACUAUAAAGGAAGCAAUAAAGCAACUGAGGUUUCAUUA